CCGCCCUCUUCUGAUGGAAAAGACGGAUGUAAUUGGCUGAGAGAAACAGAGGUGUUUACUUCAAGGACUGUCAGACUACGGACGCGACGAUAACGAGUAUCCACUUUCUGAACUAAGUUCCCCGCACCGGAGCAGAAAAAUGGGAUUAGAUGGCAAAGCACCAAAUCACAGAUUAAGACAUGACACACAGAAGGAGUUUGGAGGAACUCUAGGUGCCGUGUGCAUUCCCAUAUUUCUACCACUGACUGUACUAUUCCUGAUUGGCCUGAGUCGAAGUCCAGAAGCGAGUGUGCUCCAGUGGCCUCCUUCCCUUCCCUCCUACAAUCAGCUGUUGGACCCUCUGGCUCCUGUGCUUCUGCUGGGGUGGAUCGCUCUGCACAUCCUCCUCUACCAUCUCCCAUUAGGGAAGGUGUCUGAAGGGUUGGUUCUCAGGGAUGGAACACGACUCAAGUAUCCCAUUAAUGGUAUCCACGGCCUUUGUGUCAGCGUCGCGCUCCUGAGUUUGUUAAUGUGGCUGGGUGCUCCCCUCGGGUAUCUGUUUGAGCUGCUCCUGCCUCUGGCAGCGUCUGCCAUAGCGGUGUCCUUCCUCCUCUCCAUCUACCUCUACAUCCGCUCAUUUUGGGCUCCCUCCCAUGCUCUGGCUUUGGGCGGAAACACAGGAAAUCCUCUGUAUGACUUCUUUAUUGGACGGGAGCUGAACCCCCGCAUUGGAAACUUCGACCUGAAAUACUUCUGUGAGCUCAGGCCAGGUUUGAUUGGCUGGGUGGUGAUAAAUUUUGGAAUGCUGAUGAAGGAGGUGGAGCUCCGAGGGUCCCCCUCCCUUGCCAUGAUCCUGGUGAACAGCUUCCAGCUGCUGUAUGUGGCAGAUGCUCUGUGGAAUGAGGAAGCAGUCUUAACGACCAUGGACAUCGUGCACGACGGUUUUGGGUUCAUGCUGGUCUUCGGGGACCUGGCCUGGGUCCCGUUCACGUACGGCCUGCAGGCUGCCUUCCUGGUUGUGCACCCACAGACCCUGACCUGGCUCAAGGCUGUAUUUAUACUCUUGCUGAACGGUAUGGGAUAUUACAUUUUCAGAAAAUCCAACUCGCAGAAGAACCAGUUCAGGCGAGACCCGACUCAUCCAAGUGUUACUGGUCUGGAAACAAUUGCCACGGCAACAGGGAAGCGUCUGCUAGUGUCUGGCUGGUGGGGUUUCGUACGUCAUCCCAACUACUUGGGGGACCUCCUCAUGGCUCUGGCCUGGUCCCUGCCCUGUGGGUUUUCACAUCUCCUGCCUUAUUUCUACGUCAUCUACUUCACCGUCCUGCUGGUUCACAGAGAGGCGCGCGAUGAGAGGCAGUGCAAAGCCAAAUAUGGACUGGCGUGGGACGCCUACUGCCGUCGCGUCCCCUAUAGGAUCUUUCCUUUCAUCUACUGAAAAAGUUGAAACAUUACCACUUCUUGUCCUUAAUUGACAGUUUUUUUUAAUGAUGGACCACAGAAUGCAAACUGCAUCAACAAAUCCUCACAUGCAGACUUUGAAACCAACAAAUGCUGGAGACGAAGCGGUCAGGACCACAUGUCUUUAUCCCAAAAACUUGGUGAAGAUAGCAGCCUGAGAAGGCUGGUUAAUAAAGACGACCUUGUGUUUGUA